UCUUCUUCUUCUUCUUCUUCUUCUUCUUCUUCUUCUUCUUCUUCUUCUUCUUCUUCUUCUUCUUCUUCUUCUUCUUCUUCUUCUUCUUCUUCUUCUUCUUCUUCUUCUUCUUCUUCUUCUUCUUCUUCUUCUUCUUCUUCUUCUUCUUCUUCUUCUUCUUCUUCUUCUUCUUCUUCUUCUUCUUCUUCUUCUUCUUCUUCUUCUUCUUCUUCUUCUUCUUCUUCUUCUUCUUCUUCUUCUUCUUCUUCUUCUUCUUCUUCUUCUUCUUCUUCUUCUUCUUCUUCUUCUUCUUCUUCUUCUUCUUCUUCUUCUUCUUCUUCUUCUUCUUCUUCUUCUUCUUCUUCUUCUUCUUCUUCUUCUUCUUCUUCUUCUUCUUCUUCUUCUUCUUCUUCUUCUUCUUCUUCUUCUUCUUCUUCUUCUUCUUCUUCUUCUUCUUCUUCUUCUUCUUCUUCUUCUUCUUCUUCUUCUUCUUCUUCUUCUUCUUCUUCUUCUUCUUCUUCUUCUUCUUCUUCUUCUUCUUCUUCUUCUUCUUCUUCUUCUUCUUCUUCUUCUUCUUCUUCUUCUUCUUCUUCUUCUUCUUCU